UCCGUGUAAAACGGAAUGUACAAGUCACUCCAAGCCCACGAGUCCCAAAAAGACCCAUACUCAAAGUUAAAGCAACCCACCCACGUGGUUGUCACGUUUCUCUUCUCUCUCUCUGAUCUUAAAUUAUUCAGACAACACUCCGAGUCUCCGAUCAAAGUUUGCAACUUUCCUCCAAUAAAACAUCGACCCGAGAAGAGAGAAGCAAUGAUCUCCGGCGACACAUUAUCGGCGAAAAAGCCACAACCAAACAAAGACCCACCAAGCCAAUCAAUGGCACUUCUCCACAACCACAACAACAAGGAUUCAGAUACUUCUUCCACCACUAAAACCAUCUCAAGCUGCUUCAUCUUCACAUCACUCCUCAUCGUCACCUGCAUCGCUCUCUCCGCCGCUUCCGCCUUCGCCUUCCUCUUCUUCUCCUCCUCUUCCCCAUCAAAACCUCUCAACCAAGUCUCAAAGUCCCAACCUUUCCACAGAUCCGUAUCUCGCCCUCUCAACAAACUCCACAAACCCGUCGUCCUCCUCAUCUCCUCAGACGGCUUCCGCUUCGGGUACCAACACAAGACCAACCUCCCCAACAUCCACCGCCUAAUCGCCAACGGAACAGAAGCCGAAACCGGUCUAAUCCCGGUUUACCCGACGCUAACUUUCCCUAACCACUACUCCAUCGUCACAGGCCUUUACCCAGCUCACCACGGCAUCAUCAACAACAGGUUCGUGGAUCCAGUCACUGGUAACGUCUUCACAAUGGCUAGCCACGAGCCGGAGUGGUGGCUAGGCGAGCCGUUAUGGGAAACAGUAGUGAACCAAGGACUUAAAGCCGCUACUUACUUCUGGCCUGGCUCUGAAGUACACAAGGGAGCUUGGGACUGUCCUAAAGGCUUGUGUCAGCCUUACAACGGUUCUGUUCCUUUUGAUGAUAGGGUUGAUACUAUCUUGUCCUACUUCGAUUUGCCUAGUAAUGAGAUUCCUAGUUUCAUGACGCUUUACUUCGAGGACCCUGAUCAUCAAGGUCACCAAGUUGGUCCUGAUGAUCCUAGGAUCACCGAAGCUGUUGUUAACAUCGAUAGGUUGAUUGGUAGGUUGAUUGAUGGGUUGGAGAAGAGAGGGAUGUUCGAGGAUGUGACUAUGAUUAUGGUUGGUGAUCAUGGAAUGGUUGGGACUUGUGAUAAGAAAGUGAUUGCUCUUGAUGAUUUAGCUCAUUGGAUCAAUAUCCCUAGCAGCUGGGUUCAUUACUACACUCCUAUGCUGGUGAUUAAACCUCCUAAAGGUCAUGACCCAGCUGAUGUGGUGGCUAAGAUGAACCAAGGCUUGGGGUCUGGUAAAGUGGAGAACGGGGAGUACUUGAAGGUUUAUCUCAAAGAGGAUUUACCUAGCAGGCUGCAUUACGCGGGCAGUGAUAGGAUCCCGCCUAUUAUAGGAAUGGUUGAUGAAGGGUUCAAGGUUGAGCAGAAGAGGAGUAAAGCUAAAGAAUGUGGUGGAGCUCAUGGGUAUGACAAUGCUUUCUUUUCGAUGAGGACUAUAUUCAUGGGGCACGGUCCUAUGUUUGCGAAGGGAAGGAAAGUGCCUUCUUUUGAGAACGUUGAGAUAUACAAUCUCAUUAGUACGAUUCUUGGACUUAAGGUGGGUGCACCGAACAAUGGUUCUGAUGGGUUCCCUUCAAACGUUCUAUUGCCAAGGGCGUAAGCAGAGAGGGAGAUGUAAGUUUCAUUCUUAUGUCAAUAAAAGGGAGUGUAGAAUCUGUAACUGCGUUUUUCAAGCCGCAGCAAACUCAAACAUUUAUGUGCUUUGAUCUAUUAGACUUUUUAUGCACUUUGAUAUGUUUGUUGUUCUUGUGCCAUUUAACAAGAAAUUCUACUCAACUUGUUGAAUUA